AUGGCUGCCUCCGUUCUUCCGUUUCGCGACAUCAAUUUGCACGCUGCCUCCUCUCAUUAUGCCUUCACUUCACCAUCGUCCCCUAAUGCCCCGACCCUUGUUGUCGAGCGUCCGACCGGCGACUUGCGGCUCAGUAACGGCACCCUCUCCGGAGCUAAGCGCAUCUCCAGUAUUGCAGGCAUUCUGGGUAUUAUCAAACUGAAGCUCGAUAAAUAUAUCAUAGUUAUCACCAAGGCCCUGCCCGUGGGGCGCCUACGCGGCCACAUGGUCUAUAAGGUUGCGGCGACCGAGUUCUUGCCCCUGCGUGAGCGCUCCCUGCACGACUAUGAUGAAGAUACAUAUCUGGCACUGUUGAAGGAGCUGCUUCGUACAGGCCCAAUGUACUUUUCCUACGCUCUGGAUAUCACCAAUAGCUUCCAACGUCAGUCGCAAACCGACCCCAACCUUCCUAUGUGGAAACGAGCCGACGAUCGAUUUUUCUGGAACCGUUUCAUCCAGUCGGACUUGAUAGACUUCAGCCUGGGAGAACAUGAUGUUACCGGGGUGCGCUACGGACCACAACCUGGAGUUGACCCAUAUAUUCUGCCUGUUAUGUUCGGAAUGCUUCGUAUCACGCCCGCGAAAGUCAAAUCCACCUCUUUCACAUUUGCUCUUAUCACCAGGAGAUCUAGGUACCGUGGUGGGACGAGGUAUUUCUCCCGCGGUAUCGACGAUCAAGGCCACGUGUCCAACUACAAUGAGACUGAGCAGAUUGUUAUCCUCAAUGAUGCGACGGGGGCGCAGGACCUUCAGGUCAUGGCGUUCGUGCAGACCAGAGGAAGCGUGCCCGUAUACUGGGCCGAAGUCAACAACCUAAAGUACACACCGAAGCUGCAGGUCCGUGGGGUUGAAACCGCCGUGGAUGCUGCUCGUAAGCAUUUCGCUGAGCAGAUUCGUGUCUAUGGCGAAAAUUACUUGGUCAACCUUGUGAACCAGAAAGGCAGGGAAGAGCGUGUCAAGACUGCCUACGAACAGCUGGUUCGCAUUCUAGUGUCGUCCUCUACCGAUAGCACCGAAGCGGAUGAAAUAUCAUCAGAGAAGGUGCACGCGGUGGAGCCCGGACUGAGGCAGAGGGAAUUGGACCGACUCCACUACGUAUAUUUCGACUUCCACAAUGAGACAAAGGGACUCAAGUGGCACCGUGCGGAGUUGCUGCUGGAACGGCUCAUGGACGGUCUGACACGAGGUGGAUAUUUCCGUGGAGUAGAAAAUCCGGGUGCUCCUGGUGGUCAAUUGGAUACACGCUCCGCGCAGUCCAGCGUCGUCCGGACGAAUUGCAUGGAUUGUUUGGAUCGUACGAACGUCGUUCAAAGUAUGCUGGGACGUUGGGCUAUAACACGCCAACUCGUUGAUGCAGGGGUCUUACAACCUGGAGAAGCAGCGAACGACGACCGCGACUUUGAAAACCUAUUCCGUAACAUCUGGGCGGACAAUGCAGAUGUUGUGUCUAAGGCCUAUUCCGGCACUGGAGCACUGAAGACCGAUUUCACCCGGACUGGCGAGCGCACUCGCGCUGGUAUGCUGCAAGACUUGAAUAACUCCAUCACACGAUAUGUACGGAACAACUUCAUGGACGGCCCUCGCCAAGAUGGGUUUGAUGUCUUCCUGGGCACCUAUCUUCCCCCCAACUCCACCCUGGGGAACAUCCAGCUCUUCCUGGAUCGUCGACCACUCAUCAUCCAGUCUGUUCCGUAUAUCUUUGCUGCCGGAGUCUUCUUGAUCGCGGUAGCCGCUUGCACAAAACGCUUACCCGACUCCACCGUGUGGCCCCUGCGCUUAUUUGUUCUUUUCUGGUUCAUCGUCAGCGCCUGGUGUGCACGGUUUAUCCUUGCUCAUGGAAUGCUCUAUGUAAAUUGGCCGAAAUUGAACACACCUACAGCUGGCUCUGAGGGGUAUCAAGAUGCGCUCAUAAAGGCUCGCUCUGAUCCUAUAGUUGGCCAACUACUCCCUGCGAGGAGGCACCAGAGAGGCUAUAGCAAUGCCCGGCUGGUCUUCCUCGAGGAGGGCAAAACGAGGAUCGAGUAA